AUGGUUGGAGCCCACUGUACUGUGCUGCCAUCAAAGGUCAUGUCAACUGUCAAGGCAAUCGCUCUCUUACUAGAAUAUGGCAUGGAGGUCAACUACAAGGACAAUGAAGGGCAUACUCUCCUGCAUUGUGCAGUGGAGGGAGGAAGCAGCGAGGUAGUUGAGUUGUUGGUGAGCAACGGAGCAGAUGUCGAUGCAAUUACCAAGAGGGGAGCUUCGCCCCUUUACAUUGCGGUAGUCAUGGGAUACUUUUCCAUUUCCAAGUUUCAGUUGAGUAAUGGUGCUGAUUCUUCGUGCCUUGCAUCUUCAACUUCGCUAUUGUCCUCCUAUGCAGCAUCAAUACCAUCAUCAUCAUCUACACUGCCAUGA